AUGAGUAACCAAGCAGCAUGGAUCCCCUCCAAGGGCGCAGCAAUCGAAAUCGGCCAUGCAGAAAUGCCAAUACCUGGUCCAGGAGAAUUGGUUAUCGAGAACCAUGCAAUCCCUCUGCACCCAGGCGACUGGAAACUGGCGAAAGGGAUCAUCCCCAUCCCAAUGACCUACCCCGCGAUUCUCGGCAAUUACACAGCAGGCACAAUCCACUCCUUAGGACCCAACACAACGCGAUUCAAAGUCGGCGAGCGAGUACUCAGUAUGUCUGCUCUCGCGCUGCGGAAUGAUCACCGCUUUGGCGGACAUCAGAAAUAUACGCUUUCUACGGAGAUGCUUACUGCUCACAUUGGGCCAGACGUAGGGUUUGAAGAGGCAUCCGCAGCAUCAAUCGUCUACGCCGCCAUGUCGGCACUAGUCCUGCACCUCAAUCUCGCGCGCCCUCCCCUGCCCCCCUCGCCCCGCGAUCCGAUUUCGCGAUCCGCAGAGAAAGUGCUGAUUUGGGGCGGCGGCUCCUCACUCGGUUUCUUCGCUGUUCAGAUCGCUGCUCUGGCAGGCUACACCGUUCUCUCUACCGCUUCGCCCGCUUCCUUCGAGGCCCUGAAGCAAGUCGGCGCCAAGGAGGUCCUGGAUUAUCGCUCCCCGUCGAUUGCAGAAGAGGUGAUUGCGCUCGGGCCGUUCAAGACGGUUUUCGCGGCUGCCGACGCGGCGGGAGAUCAGGUCGUUAUCGGGCAGGUGUUGGCUGCGCAGGGAGGAGGCAGGUUCAUCAGUACGAUGGGCGUGCGGCCUGGGGUUGUGCUGCCGCCGGGGGUAGAGGGCGUGUUUGUGCAGUACAUGGAUGAUUACCUCAAACCUGAGAAUGAGGAGUUCGUGAAGUGGGUUUGGGGCGAUGCCGGGUUUUUGGAGUGGGGGUUGAGAGAGGGGGGAUUGGCGUUGGGUGAGGUGGAGGGGAUUGGUGGGUUGGGGAUGCUUGCGGAGGGUUUGAGGAGACUUGAGAAGGGAGAGGCGAGGGGGAGGAGGUUGGUUGUAAGGCCGGGUUUGGAGUGAGGAUGGGAGGGUUUGGACAUGAUGAAAGAUUUUUAUCUCUGUUGGUACCUGAAUCGAUCUGAAAUCCAAGUCCUGGGUUCGGAAAGGGAGCUUUAUUAAUAGCUUUCGUCUUGAUAUUAACUUGUGUUAGACUAUGAUUCUUCUCUAACCAGACCUCUAGAGUUCUUCGGCAACUUCGCUGCAUAUCCUAAGGGCGGAAAAGGAAACCACGAAGUCACGUGCCUAGGUUCCGCAUCUUUCUCAAGCUAGGGGAGGAAAUUCAAAUAUUUCUUUUACCCGCGACGUGCUAUGAGCAAUAAAACCACGCAGUUAAAAUUCCUGUUAUAUUUAGAAACUGGUUUUAUUCCGUGAGAGCCGUCUCUAAUACCGACAUUGAGACAUUCAGGGGAGUAACUGAAAGAUUAGCAGAAAAGUUCAGAUAUAUGUUCGGGGAAGGAUGAGCAUGGAAUUGUCUUAACUCGCGAGUACGAGGUAAUAGCAACUAGCACUCAAUGCUAAGA